AUGAAAAGUCAGUGGCGACUGGAUUGUACUAACCGACAAUAUUGUUCCGAAUACAGACGAUAUGAGUGGAUUGAACGCAAAUCUCAGGCCGAUCAACUUGCUAAGCUGACCAGAAUUCAACGGAAUGGUGGAUAUGUUCGAAAAACAACUCAACUUCAUCAUCUGUUAAAGCAAAGAGAAUAUUUUUGCAAUGAAAUUCAUAGUACUGGAUUUAUGUUUCAAAAUUUUCAAAGUUAUAAUGAAUGGCCGAUGACUUGUCUGUGGAAUGGCGGUGAAUUAAAUGGUACUUGCGCUCCUGCACCACCAUUUGAGGAGUCUUUUGGAUUUAUCGAACCGCAAAUAUGGAGAAAUAAACUUUACAUUCUUCAUGAUAAGAAAAAACACUUGCAGAAUUUUCGAAGGAAUAUUGGUUGCUCUCAUCAUGAAAUAAUUCAAGCUAAACUGUAUUUACCAAUAUUUUUUGAUCAAUCUUUCACUUCUAGCCGAUUUAUAGGUCGACGAAUUAUAUUAUUGUAA